AUGAAUUUAUCAAGAAACUUCGAAAGUGGUUCUCACAAUCAACAAAUGGAUGUUCAAAACAUCGUUAGUAGUAGUGGCGAUACGAAUAAUAACCUUUCUACGUCACACUCCAACGGUAAUUCGACAGCAUCAUCGUAUGAAGGCAAUUAUCAAGUGAACAUAUCUGCAACUGGUUUCGAACUUGAUACCAUCACAUCAUCUUACACAGGUCUUAUGCGAAUUUACCGUUUGUUAUAUAUUGCCGAUCAUUGUCCAGCAUUGCACAAUGAAGCACUUCUAGCAAGUUUGAAAUACAUUCAAGAAACUCAUUUUACAUCGAUCUAUAAACAAGUUUUGGAUGAAUUGAAAAAACAGAAUAUUCCACUGCCGAAUGAUCUCGAUCCGAACUGGUAUGAAAAAACUCAACGUGGUUAUACUCAAAAGUUAGAAAAACUCGAUACAGAUCUGAGAAAUUUUCGCACCAAUUCGAUCAAAGAUUCCAUACGUCGUGGCCACGACGAUCUCGGUGAUCAUUACUUAGAUGCCGGUGACUUUUUCAAUGCAAUUCGUUGUUACGUACGUUCAAGAGAUUAUUGUGUCACACCACGACAUAUGAUAACCAUGUGUAUGAACGUUAUCAAAGCAUCGUUUUACAUGCAAAACUGGUCAAAUGUUCUAUCGUAUGUAAGCAAAGCUGAACAAGCUAUUGAAAGUUUAGAAUCAACAGCGAAAUCGAGCACGACGACGACGACGACGACGACAACAACACCCAUACCAACAUCGUCUGUAGUCAAUCCAAUGGAGGUUUCAACGACAAAUGCAAUGAUUGCAUCAGAUGCGAUCUUAGCAUCUCGCUUGAAAGUCUAUGCGGGUAUAGCUGAAUUAGCAACGAAGAGAUACAAAUUAGCUGCACGACAUUUUCUCGGUGUUUCGUUUGAACAUUGUUCGAAUCAUUUCCAGGAUCUAAUCUCACCUCAAACUCUGAUUCAAUACGUCUGUCUGUGUAGUUUAGCAACAUUCGAACGAUCAGAAUUACACCGCUUAAUCAUCAUGUCGCCAAAUAUGAAACAAUAUCUGGAAUUGGAACCGUCUGUUCGAGAUAUUCUUUUGAAAUUCUAUGAAACGUCCUAUUCAACCUGUUUGGCAUUAAUGUCACAAAUCGAACCGAUUUUAGCACUGGAUCAAUACCUCGUACCACACUUGCGUACAUUGUACUAUGAAAUUCGUCAUCGGAUCAUCAUCACAUACUUUCUUCCUUACAAAAACGCGAGUAUGACUAUUAUGGCCACUCAAUUGAAUACAACCCUCGAUGAUCUCGAAGACGAACUCGUGAAUUUGAUACGUUUAGGAAAGAUCAAAGCACGAAUCGAUUCGAAGAACAAGAUUCUCUAUGUUGCUGAUACCGAUCAACGUUGGCAUGCGUAUCAACAUGCUGUCACAAUCACCAAACAAUCGGAAAAGAUCACCCGCUCAUUCUUACUUCGCUCAGCGAUCAUCAAAGCCAAUCUUUGUGUAAAGGAUGAUUCGAUAUCAUCAGCAACUCGUUCACCAAAUAAUAAUAAUAAUAUGAAUGUUCCUCGCCGGCAUUACGUUCCAACUGGUCAAGGAAAUAUGAUGAUGGAUGAAGGCGAAUUAUCAGAUGAUGCCGCAAUGAAUUAA